GCCCCGCCCCCUCCUGUCGCUGCGCCGGCCCCGCCCCCUCCUGUCACUGCGCCGGCCCCGCCCCCUCCUGUCGCUGCGCAGGCCCCGCCCCCUCCUGUCGCUGCGCCGGCCCCGCCCCCUCCUGUCGCUGCGCCGGCCCCGCCCCCUCCUGUCGCUGCGCCGGCCCCGCCCCCUCCUGUCAGCGCGCAGGCCCCGCCCCCUCCUGUCGCUGCGCCGGCCCCGCCCCCUCCUGUCGCUGCGCAGGCCCCGCCCCCUCCUGUCACUGCGCCGGCCCCGCCCCCUCCUGUCAGCGCGCAGGCCCCGCCCCCUCCUGUCGCUGCGCCGGCCCCGCCCCCUCCUGUCACUGCGCAGGCCCCGCCCCUUCCUGUCAACGCAGUCAGAUCUUACCUGGUGCAGAACAGCCCAGCGCUGCAGCAGCAGAGGCAGCAGUACCUGGUGUUACAACAGCUUCCAGCCCUGCAGACCUACACCGUGCAGCAGGGGGUUGUGGGUAACGGAACCUUCCGCACCUACUUCCAGCUGGUACCCCAGGCGACCCCCGCAGCCCCCCCGAACCCCGCCUCCAGCAGCCCUCUGCAGCAGCUCCGCACUUUGGUGACGACGAACCAGCCUCCCAGGAGGCAGGGGGCGCCGGAGAGCCAGCAGUGGAGCCGAGGGCUGCCCACCACCUUCAAAGAGAUCCUAACAGGGGGACCUAGCUGCUCCGACACGCCUCGGAACACACCCCCGACAGCCAAUCCGGUUCAGCCGCCCGCGGCAACGAUGACGCCUUCCGGGAGCCCCGCCCCCAGCGGCAAGGCUGCAGCCAAUCGGGCAGCGGCAGAGACUCAAGGUUCUAUAGAGGCCCCACCCCCUGACUCGAGGACAGAAGCUGAUGCAGGCUUCAGCGACGGAGUCAUUAACAGGAAGGUUCCUGUGGUCCGGCUGACCCGGCUGGUUCUGGACUGGAAGCCCGGUUGCAAGCCGCCCCGUUUCAGAGUCCUGUCCGGGGGGAACGGGCGCAGCGAUGCGCUGGUGCAGCUUCAGCAUGGGAGCGUCACACGGACCAGCCCCUGUGUGUCCUUCCCUGACUCCACGUCACCCCCUUCAGACUGCGAGGGGGAGUGCAGCAGCAGCAGCCCCUCCAGCAGCAGCGUUCCUGCAGCCAGCUCCCUGCAGCGCCCCGGCGCGGCCUCGGAGCCCCGGCCCGGGAGGGGGAGGGAGGAGCGCCCCCGAGUGGAGGGGAGCAUGCACUGCACCUCGUGUCGAACCCGGGGCCAGCUGGCGCUGUGCUGCGAGUGCGGGAGGGGGUUCCACGCGCAGUGCCACGUGCCCCCUCUGCUGCGCCUCCUGAGUGCUCAGUGGAAGUGUAUGCUGUGUCGUGAUUUCUCAGAGGAGUACAAAUACGAGUUCUCUCCCAAAUCAGAGACGCCCGGCCUCAGCUUACUGGACCAGAAGAAAUGUUCGCACCUGCUGUUGACUCUGUACUGUCACAAAGCCAGCCCCAGCCUCUACAAACCCCCCAGCCCGGUCUCGGACUUGGGUAGCUACGUUGACCUCACUCUGAUUCGGGGCCGCUUGCUCAGAAAGCUCUCCCCCUCGUACUGCAGGCCAGAGGACUUUGUGGCUGAUAUCUGGCUGCUUCUCUCCAACGUCCUGAAACACUCCCAGAAAUCCAGAGUCACGCGGACGGUGGCGGUCCUGCGAUCCUCGUUUCCCGAGAAGCUCCGAGACACUUUCGGAGACGCUCUGGAUCCCAGGUAUCUGGAGCCGGAGAUCUGCUUAUCGAUUUCGAGGAAGCGAGGGAACGGGGAAACGUCCUGCUUGGAUAACGAGGAAUCACAAAGCAAGAGAAUCCGUCCGGAGCUCUCGGAAAAGACUUGAAGGAAAACCACCACCUGGAAGAGUCGGGAUUCUGACAUCCCGAAGAAUCGUCUCUUUUUUUUUUUGUAUUUUUUAUUUUAUAAGACAUUAAGAUACACCGCACCCCUUUAGUUAAAAAUAAAACCCACUUUAUAAACUGAAGUGAAGCAAGACAACCGUUCUCUCUCACUCUCUCUCUCCCUUUUCCUCUCUCCUCUCCUCUAUCAUCUCUCCUUUUCCCCUCUUUCCCUCCCUCCCUUUUCCUCUCCUUUCUCCUCUCCCUCCUCUUUUCCCUUCUCUCCUCUAUCCUCUUUUCCUCUCCUCUCUUCCCUUCUGUCUCCCUCUUUUCCUCUCCUCUCUUCCUCUCCUCUCUUCCUUUCUCUGUCUCCCUCUUUUCCUCUCCUCUAUCAUCUCUCCUUUUCCCCUCUCUCCCUCCCUCCCUUUUCCUCUCCUUUCUCCUCCCUCCUUUCCCUUCUCUCCUCUCCUCUUUUCCUCUCUCUCUCUCAGUAAUCUGGGAAACGCAAUGACACUUAAAAAAAAAACAAAAACACACAAACACAGUCUUCAGGUGCUUUCAUUCUAUUUGAAUUGUUUGUUGAUUUUAUUAUCUUGAAUAAAAUGUAGUGUUCGGUUA